AUGGCAGCUCAACGGCUUCCUCAACGGCUCCCCCUCGGGCACCGCGCCAACAACAAGAUCCUCAUGCUCACAAAUGCCGAGCGUGGCGAGGCAAACGUCUUCCUCGCCACCUGCCAUGCCCUGCUCGAGGCGGACCCGGGCCUCGAGCUCCAUUUCGCCACCUUUGACGGCCUUCAACAAACCGUCGCCCAAGUGUCUGACAAUGUCCGCCGCGCCGUCCCCCACGCAAAGCCCAUUGUUUUUCACCAGAUCAAGGGGCCCACGAUGACUGAGAGCAUCAUGCAACAUCUGGCCAGGAAUUGCAUCCCGCGCAAGGCGGAUGGGUCCCCGGAAUCAUGGAUGACGCCGCUGCGCUUCUUUUCUUCCCUGCGCGCCAUCAGGGACACGAUCCCUAUCAUCGUGCCGUACAGGGGUUCCCAGCUGGUAGACAUAAUAUCGUAUAUUGCCGCUAUCAUCGAAGAAGUUGCUGCCGAUCUCGUCGUCGUCGACAGCCUCAUGACACCCGGCCUGACUGCCUGCUAUCACUUGGGCAUAAAAUUCACCUGCCUAAGCCCCAACAACAUCAAGAUGUUUGCCGGCCCAGCCCAGCCAUGGCUAGCCAGCCUUUGGAAAUGGCCUGCCCUCUUCUCUGGAUACCCGUAUCCCGUUCCGCUGCACCUCAUCCCUUUCAACCUCUGCCUCAUCAUCUACAUGGUCAUCAUCUGGAGGAGAGACGCCCACCGCCGCCAGGCAACAGACUACCUCCUGGCCCAAAUCGGCGCUCACCUCUUCACACCCAUUGACCUUGCCCGACGACGGCUCCCCGAUCUCAAGAUCCUUGUCAGCACUCACUCGGAACUCGACUUUCCCCUCGUUCACCCCCCACACGUCUAUCCCUGCGGACCCAUUGUCCGCGCAGCCCCGGCCAUCGCCGACGCCGAUCCGGAGCUGCUGACUUGGCUGGCCAGGGGUCCCACCGUCUACAUCAACCUGGGUUCCUUCUUCUCCGUCGAUCAGGACCAGGCACUGGAGCUUGCGCAGGCUUUGAAAAUCGCCCUCGAUACGCUUGACAAGAAGCCUGGCGCCGAUCAUGUACAGGUCCUCUGGAAGCUGAAGUUGUGUAAAGAUCCUUGCGUCGGAAAUGGAGUGUUCCCGAUCCUCGACACUCUAUCCCGUCAGUUUGAGGAUGGCCGCAUCAGGAUCGUCGAAUGGGUCCAGGCUGAGCCCAUAUCCAUCCUCCAAAGCGGCCACAUCGCGUGCUCGGUUCACCAUGGCGGCGCAAACUCGUACAACGAGGCAGUCAUCGCCGGCGUCCCCCAAGUUGUCCUCCCCCAGUGGUCCGACUGUUAUGACUACGCCGAGCUCGUCCAGGUGCUCGGCAUCGGCCGGCUUGGGAGCAAAACGACAAAGCCGCGGUGGACAGCUCCCGAGCUCUCACACGAACUGCUGGCAGUUCUAGACGGUGAGCCGGCUCGAGCCAUGACACACAAAGCCCAGCAGCUGGCAAGUCUAUGUGAGAAGCGCGGCAGCGGUGCAGCGAAGGCGGCGAGGAUCCUCUUGGAAGAGUUGUCAAAUGAGCCCGAGGUUCUGAUGGAGAAGACGUCAGUGAAUGGUGGAUGA